CGAAUCUUGCGAGCAGACCGGUUACAUGAACGUAGUGAUACCGCCCGAUAUCAUGGAUCUGGACUCGGCGGAUUCCCUGACCGCCAAGGAGAACGGCGAUCUGCAACUGCGAUGUCGAACGACCGGCGACCCUAAACCUAUAGUGUUCUGGCGGCGGGAGGACGGUCGGAACAUUACCCUGAGGAACGAGCAUCAAGGAAUUAGACGAACGCUAACAUACGAAGGCGAGCAGCUUCAUUUGAGGAGCAUUCAACGGCACGAGAUGGGAUCUUAUCUGUGUAUCGCGUCAAACGGAGUGCCACCGUCGGUCAGCAAGAGAUAUUACGUCAAUGUCCGUUUCAAACCGCUGAUUAAAGUCGCAAACCAGUUAGUGGCGGCGCCUGUCGACAGCGAUGUCCUUCUUCAGUGUUACGUGGAGUCCUCGCCGAAGGCUCUGAAUACGUGGUACAGAAAUAAUGGAGCCAAAUUAUUGAAGGACGAGAAACACAACAUAUCAGAAAUAACCACCAACGAUUAUUCAUAUCUGCUAAAUCUCACUGUCAAGCGACUAGAUCAAUAUGAUUUCGGCACUUAUACAUGCUCCGCUGAAAAUGCUUUUGGGAAAGCGGAAGCGUCUAUAAGACUGCAAGAGCUGCAGAUACCCAAACCAACGAUAACAUCCCCGCACAGUAUCGAAGUCAUCGAGAAGCACGUCCGGCGGAAGCAGGCGGAGAAGAAGAAGAAGUACCAGUCUGACCUGACCCCGAAGAACGUGGGCCAUACCACGCCGAUGUCUAGGAGAAACUCGUCGAGCUUCUCGUUGAAUAUCGCAAACAAGUCGAGAAAUUCCGUGUUUCCGGCACCAGCACCGGCAUUGGCACCGGCGCAUUCGGCACCGACGCAACUGGACGCUCAUAACAGCGUUAGGUCGUCACGCGAUUCGCGAUUAUGUCAUAUCGGCUUCGCUGUGAUCGUUAUGAUAAUUUUAAAUUGCGACUAAAAUAAAAAAAUAAAUCUAUUGCGACAACGAAAUCAUUAAGUUACAAUGAAAUCGACUGUUCAUUAUGAUUACGAUCACUAGAGGAUAUAUAGGAUAAAAUUACAUUGAAUUGACAGUGGAAUCACUUUUUGUUAAAUUUACAGAAUGUAUUACAGGAGAGAACGUGAGAGAAACGCGAGAUAUACAUUGAGAGCAUUGGUUUUAUUGUAAAUAAUAAAACAUUUUUAUGACAAUAAAUGUAGUUACGUAUAUAUAUACACUGCCGGCCAAAAGUUUGGAUACAGCAUUAAAAGGCUAGAUAUUAUAAAAAAAUUUACUUUUAUUGAUGUAAUUCGUAUUUAUAUUAGAGGUAAAUAAUUAUUUUAAUACGAUAACUAUAGGAAAUUUAUGUAAAACAAAAAUAACUUGAAUCUAACACACUUUUAACAAAAAACUGUUAAACUUUCUUUUCAUCAAAAAAUGCACCUUUGGUUUUGAUGACCAUUUUUAGAAGUCGUGGCAUUCUUUCUACUAAUUUAUCUUCGCAGAAGUAAAUAUUUAUAUCAUAUCACUCUUGUGAGCGCAGAAAUAAAUAUUUGCAUCAUAUCCACUCUUGUGAUAUUUCUGUGAAUUCUUUUAUUAGAGAUCGGUAAGAUUUAAAUAUUUAAUAUAAGUUAUGACUAAACUAAUUGAUUAAUAACAAAAAAGUUUCCUGGGGAGUAAGGGGAUCCUAUUAAAUACAAAUUAUAGGUGUAUAGGCAAGUGUAUCCAAACUUUUGGCCGGCAGUGUAUAUACAUAUAUAUAUAUACAAAAAAUAGAUUAUCACGCUGUUAAAAACACAUACUUAUAACUGCCAUCAUUAUUCAGAAUAUAGUUAAAAAAAUAUAGUAUUUGCUGAAAUUAAAUUUUCAUCGGGCGCGCGCGCUUUAGGUGAUAUUAACGUAAUACAUGUGGUUCGGUUUGGACGAAAGAACACCACUUCGUAUAUUUUUUAAUAAUAGACAUUAUAUUGAAAAAUUUGAAGAGUUAUUCUCUCUUUAAUUUAUUCGUGUAAUUAUCGCGCGGUUAAUCGAUAAGCGUAGAUAUACAUCGAUAGAAUAAAUAUAAAGAGGGGUCCAUACUGAAAACCGACUAAGUUGGGGAUUUGUUGGUCUCUAGAAACUGACUGAAAUAGAUUCGUUCUCUAGGAAUCAGCUGUAUUUAUCUUGAACGAGAAUUGUGGCAUUCGUGUAUAUAUG